AUGAUCAGAGAUACAUUCGGCGCGCUCGUGUUUACGCACAUAUUCGUGCUAUGGUUCCGCUGCGUCACACCUCUCAGUGUUCUCUACUGUGUGGCAUGGAUAUUAGACUAUCCACCCAAGCAUUGGGGCUCAACAGUACUUGGGAUAUAUGCUCUUACUGAGGCUCUUUUUUAUUUUCUUGUCUUUCUUCCUCGAAGUCGGCUUCUGCAGCAGGGUGUGGUUCACCCUGACACUGAUCCAAAGACUCGACGAGAAUUAGUCCGAAGAAGUAUUGAGACUAUCCCAGACCCAGAGCAAUUUAUCUCAUUAUGGAGCCGAGGCACACAUCCAAGCCGAAUUCACCGUGAAAACUUCAAGGAGUGGCUAUGCUGGGCCUACUUCAACAAAUGCACAUGGGACGACAACGAAGAGGAAGAACUCAACGAGUAUGUCCGCGAGUUCGAGGGUCUUCUUGGAUAUAAACUGCUAGAAGGCAGGGACUCUUUGAAGCCGCUGAGGGUCUCUUUAGAUCCCGUUAACAUCUACCAUCGGCCUCUUCUUUAUUACAUUUUCGGCGUUGGUGGGGCCGACCUCGUAUCCUACCUUUUUAUGAGAUACCAUGGCUAUCAACAUUACGCACUGUCACGGUGGUGGAUGAGUAUUCCCAUGAGGCCUCAGACCGUGUUCAGCCAACAUCGAUCCACAGCCAAACAUCUUUCCUAUUGGUAUCGGCCGCAUACCUCCCCAGAAAGUCUUCCAAUUGUGUAUUUCCACGGAAUUGGCAUUCUCUACACGUAUAUGCGGUUUUUCGGGGAGUUAUCAAGAACCCUUGAUGCAGAUAGUUUAACUCAAGCCAACGGCUCCACCGGCAUCAUAGUCUUUGACAUUCUACCCAUCAGCUUCCGGAUGACACAUCCAGCUCUCCUUAAGGACGAACUCUGCACGGAGAUACUCUCUGUUCUUAACCGGCACAAAUGGGACAAGUUCGUUCUGAUGGCUACUUCCUUCGGAAGUGUAAUUUCGUCUCAAAUGUUGCAUGAUACGUUGCUCGCGCCACGCAUUGGUCCAAUCAUCUUCACUGACCCAGUCCCAUUUCUCCUUCAUUUACCCACCAUCACAUACAACUUCACCCAACGCAAGCCCAAAACAGCCAGUCAGCUCCAGUUAUAUUUUUUUGCGUCUCGGGAUAUGGGAGCCGCUCACACUCUAUGCCGCCGGUUCUUCUGGAGUGAGAGCAUUCUCUGGAAAGAUGAGAUCGUUGGCAAAGGGAGGCGAGUCAGUGUGGUUCUGUGCGAGCGAGAUAUUGUCAUCGAUACAACUGCUGUUGGUCGCUAUUUAACGCGCAAAUGUGGUGUGCGGGCGGUCGAUGAUUGGGAUCGCGAUGACGAGAACUGGAAAAGGCGUGUUUGGGAAGGUGGGGAGUUGGAUGUCGUUUGGAUGGAUGGGCUUAAUCAUGCGGAGCUGUUUGAUACAAAGCGCGAUCGAAACAUCCUGAUUGAUAUUACACUAAAUUAUUCUAGAGGAACAAAAAGCUCAAUACGAACUAGAGGUAACUAG